AUGCAGACUGCUUCCAGAAACAUUUGUGAAAGACUGUGCAAUAAGUUCAUCUGUGAAUUUUCCUUGCUACUAAAUAUUCCAUGGUCAACUGUUAGUGGUAUUAUAACAAAGUGGGAGGAACUGAGAACAACAGCAACUCAGCCACAAAGUGGUAGGCCACGUAAAAUGACAGAGCAGAAGUGCACAGUGCGCAGAUGUCACCAACUGCCUGCAGAGUCAAUAGCUAACUACCUCCAAACUUCAUGUGGCCUGCAGAUUAGCACAGCAACAGUGCUUCAUGGAAUAGGUUUCCAUGGCCGAGCAGCUGUAUCCAAGCCUUACAUCACCAAGUGCAAUGCAAAACGUUGGAUGCAGUGGUGUAAAAGCACGACACCACUGGACUCU